CCUUGCUUCCUUCGCUUGGUUCAUUUGUUACGCAAAUUUAUUUCACGCAUUCCCAGAGGAAUUCCCUUUCGCUUUACGUAUUUUUUAUCAAGCGCGCUUGCCUUCCACUCGUAUAUAUUAUUUCCUGCCCGGUUACCCACGCUCGCAAACGACUGAACGACCUGCUUGGAGGCAUUAUAAAGCGACAAACAUGUCUGGAAACGGCGAUAAAGUCGUUCUCAAGAGCUGCUUUGACUGUGUAAAGUCAAUCGAAUCCGUGUACACUGGAGGCUGUGUGGCAAUCGACAAGGACGAGUCCCGGCUUUUCACUACAUGCAACGAGGACAUUGAGGUGCUUGAUCUCAGCACCGGCGCAAAGGUGGCAGAACUGAAGGGUGAUACAGAGAUUGUCACAUCGUUUGCAGUAAAGCCCGACGGCACGCACCUUGUUGCCGCGAGCCGCAGCCAGCUUAUCACCAUCUGGGAUCUAUCAACUUUCAAAACAGUGCGGUCAUUCAAGGCACACGACGCGCCAAUCAUCACGAUGGACAUUGACCAGACAUCCACUCUAGUGGCCACAGGCUCGGCUGACAGCACAGUCAAGGUCUGGGACAUCGACCACGGGUACUGCACACACAACUUCAAGGGUCAUGGCGGCCUUAUCACCUCGGUAAAGUUUCACCCGAGCAAGGACAAGCUGUGCCUGGUGUCUUCCAGCGACGACGGCAUUAUCCGCGUGUGGAACCUCAAGACAGGCAAAUGCGAGUCGGUGCUUGAGUCACAUGUGAGCGUAGUGCGCUCAAUCGACUUUACCCAGGACGACGAAGGCCAGCACAUGAUUACCGCUGGUCGCGAUAAGGUCAUUAAUGUCUGGAACUGGAAGCGCAAGUCCCUUGUGCGUACGAUUCCUGUGUAUGAGACUAUCGAGGCCGCUGGUAUUUUGGCAGCAGGGACCGAAAUUGGCUUUGGCAACAAGAACACGCGCGUAAUCUACAGCGGCGGCGAAAAUGGCACCCUUCGGCUGUGGGACAUGGACAGCGGCGAAGAGCUGUUUGUACAGACCAAAGAGCUCAAUGCAAAGCACGCCUUUGUUUCUGUGCUGUACCUACCCCAGGCUCAAAAUCUCGUGGCGGUCACCAAUGACCAGAACCUGCUGUUCUAUGGGGUCACUAAGCGACUCGAGCGGGAGCGCCAGAUUGUGGGCUACAAUGAGGAGAUCAUCGACAUGGCAUACGUCGGGCGCGAUCAGAAGUAUUUGGCGGUGGCAACAAACACUGAGCAGCUCAGGGUCUAUAACACGAGCGAUCUCAACUGCGAACUGGCAUAUGGCCACAAGGACAUUAUUCUUUGUCUCAGCGUGCACAGUGGGUGCAGCAUAAUGGCGACAGGUUCUAAGGACAACAUGGCAAUGGUCUGGGUGGUUAACAUGAGCGCACCCGCCAACCGGCGUGUGACGUGCGUUGCCACCGCACUGGGCCACACCAAGGCGGUGGGCGCGGUCUGCCUGGCGCAGGGCGCAGAGUGUCCCUUUAUGAUCACCGGCAGCGAGGACCGUACUGUCAAGAUGUGGGACCUGUCGCCCCUACGGGCAAUUAUUGACAACCCUGAGAGUGCCGUGGCAGCUAUUAGCGAGUCGGGACCUAUAAAGCUGCGCUCCCUAUACACAUUCCAGGCCCACGACAAGGAUAUCAACUCCAUCUGCGUGGCGCCCAGCGAUACUAUUUUUGCCACAGGCUCGCAGGACAAGACAGCCAAGGUGUGGGACGUCGCCACAGGCAAGCCCUUGGGCACCCUUCAGGGCCAUCGGCGCGGCGUGUGGAACGUUGCAUUUUCGCCUGUCGACCGGGUGAUUGCGACGACCUCAGCCGACCGCACAGUAAAGCUGUGGUCUCUGUCGGACUUUGGCUGCCUCAAAACGCUGGAGGGUCACACCAACUCGGUGCUCUGCAUUGAGUUUUUGACCAAGGGCACGCAGCUGAUGACCACCGGUUCAGACGGCCUGAUCAAGCUGUGGAACAUUAAGGACGCUGAGUGCGUGCUAACGCUGGACAAGCAUGAAAACAAGAUCUGGACCCUUGCCAAGCAGCAAUCGGAGGAAUUUGUAGCCACCGGCGGCGCUGACUCGACCAUCUACAUUUGGAAGGACACGACGCAGGACGAGAUUGAGCGCCUGCAUAAGGAAGAUGCCAAGCUGCUCGAGCAGCAGCAGGCCCUGGAUAACUUCCUUGCAGCCAAAGACUACCGCAACGCCAUCCUGUUGACGUUGUCUCUCGACCAACCCCAUCGCUUGCUCAACAUUUUCCGGGACGUGAUGACAGCCGCUGAGCACCGCCACGCCCUGUCAUCCGAAGAUAGUGCCGAUGCUGACGCUCAGGACGCCAAGCGUGCGAUCAUGGGUGCCCAUGCUGUUGACGAGGUCAUUGGCACGCUGGCGCCUGACCAGCUCGAGCGGCUGCUGGGCUAUGUGCGCAACUGGAACACCAAUGGCAAAUUCGCCCACAUCGCCCAGGCAGCGCUUUACUGCAUCCUCACUCAGUACACAUCGAAGGACAUCCUCGCACUUCCGUCGGCAAAGGAUCUGAUAGCUGCCGUGCAGCCGUACUCCGAGCGCCACUUCAGCCGCUUUGAUGGCCUGUUGACCGACUCGUUUAUCAUCGACUACACGCUGCAUGCCAUGGACUCUGUUCACCCUGCUGGUAUGGAAGCUCUGACCAUUGGCGACAGCGACAGCGACGGCGAGCUGUAAAACAGACUGUGGGCGUGUGUCUAGGUCUGGGUCUUGGUAUGUGCCAGUGCCAGUGUUAGUGUCUGCUAGCAUUUUUUAAAAUAUUACCAUAAAUAACAACUUGUAUCGAGCUUGCUCU